AAGCCCAAAGCGCGCCCGCUGUAAAUUGUAUGGCUAGAAAUCCCUGACACAGGAGUUCAGGCUGCUCCGGCGAAAGGCACGCGUGCUCAGCGCUUCCCAAUGGGCCGCUUGCGGCGGACAACUUCAGCCGGUUACCGGGUGCCUAGCAAACCCGUUGCAGCACUAACCUCUAACUCUGCUGUUUCUGUUAGCAGUAGCCGCAAGCCGAAAGAGACCGGGAGUGGAACGCCAGGCGGGCAUCGUGGCGGAGAAGACGUCGAUAAGCAGGAUACGGUGAAGGAGGACCGUGUCUGGCGGGAGUCUGUGCACGCUGAGCAGCGCGGAGUCCAGCAAUGGGAAAGGAACUGGAGUUUUCUGAAGGACUUCGAUCAACUGGGAAGGCCAAGGGAAGAGGAACAUUUACCUGAAUAUGUGUCAUUUUACUCAGAGAAAGUUCCAAAUACAAUGAACCAGAAUAUUGGAAGUAGAAUGAACACGGAAAUUGGACAGGCACUAAUAAGAAUGGAUCUUCUUCUCCAACAUGGACACCGCAGAAAGAAGCUGCAUGAGGAAUUGAUGCCAUGUUAACAAGUAAAGAGGGACAGAUCACACAGCGUUUUUAUGAUGCAAUUUAUUAAUCCUAUAGAUGGAAAACUAAAAUGUAUCUUAGCUUUCUUAGAGUAUGUUUACACGUCUAUCUUCAUUUAAAAGCUUCUAAUUUUAUGAGACAAGGAUUACAUUUUUCCUGUUUUAUGUAAAUAGCCAAAAAAAAUAAAACAAAACCUUAGAAAUACUAAGUUGUAUUCUGACUGUAGCCAUGUGACUUUGUGCAAGCAAAACUAGACAGCUGUUACUAUCAGUACUACAAAAUUUAAAGACGUACUCAUUAUCUUUUCUGCCAACCAAACAUUAAAUGACUUUUGUACAGAA